AUGCUCGACCAAUUUACCUACAUCUUUGUUAUCGGCACAUUCUUUGCCUUCCUCGACGCCUUCAAUAACGGUGCCAACGAUGUUGCCAACGCUUGGGCCACCUCAGUUUCUUCCCGUUCGGUAACAUACCGACAGGCCAUGGUUCUCGGUACUGUUUUCGAAAUCGUUGGUGCUAUCGCUGUCGGUGCUAGAACCGCAGAUACUAUCAAGAACGGCAUUAUUCCAAACUCUGCCUUCCGUGGUGAUGCCGGUGUUCAGAUGCUUGCCUUCACUUGCGCUCUUGCUGGUGCUUCCUCCUGGGUCAUGUGGUGUACUCGACACUCCGCUCACGUCUCCUCUACCUACUCUCUUAUCUCUGCUGUCGCUGGUGUCGGUGUCGCCACCGUCGGUGCCAAACAGGUCCAGUGGGGUUGGAACAACGGAAAGGGUCUCGGUGCUAUCUUCGCUGGUCUCCUCAUGGCUCCAUCCAUCGCUGCUGCCUUUGGUGCUACCAUCUUCAUGCUUAUCAAGGUCAUCGUCCAUCUCCGAAAGAACCCAGCUCCAUGGGCUGUCUGGUCCGCCCCCAUGUUUUUCUUGAUCUCUGGUACCAUCUGUACUCUUUCCGUCGUCUACAAGGGUUCCCCAAAGCUUGGUCUCAACAAGAAGCCAGCGUGGUAUAUCGCCUCUGUUACUCUCGGAACUGGUUUCGGUCUCUGCCUUUUCUCUGCCCUCUUCUUCGUCCCAUACCUCCACGCCAAGAUCAUCAAGAAGGAUUACACUCUUAAGCCAUGGAUGGUUAUCUACGGUCCUCUCUUGUUCAGCCGCCCAGCCCCACCUGAUGCUGAAGUCGCCAAGGUCCCAGAUUACGCCGUUGUCCAGCACCAAGAAUUCGAAGAGACCCCAGAAGCCAGCGCUCACGGUUCCGUCAACGAAUCCAACACCGAAGUCAACGAGAAGAACCUCGUCAAAAAUGAAGUCAAGCAACUCACCUACAAAGAACUUGUCGAACAGGCCGAAGAGCGAAUGAACUCCAGACUCAGAAAGAAGCGCGGUCCUCUCGGCUGGGCUAUGCGAACUCUCCACGAAAACCCAAUGGGCGACGGAAAGAUUUACGAACUUGCCAACAUGAAGAUUGCCCUCAAGCGUAUCCCCGCCAUUCUUGUUGCCGGUGCCCUCUACGGUGUUAACUACGAUAUCCACGCUGCCCAGACCGGUGUUGAAGGUACUCCAGAUGGUGCCCGUAUGAAGCGCGUCUACGACAAUGCCACCAAGUACCCCAAUGAGACCGAACACACUUUCUCCUUCAUCCAGAUCAUCACUGCCUGCACUGCCUCCUUCGCUCACGGUGCCAACGAUAUUGGUAACGCUGUCGGCCCAUGGGCUGUUAUCUACGCUGCCUGGACUACCGGUGACGCCCAAGCCGCCAAGGCUCCAGUUCCAAUCUGGCAAAUCGCUGUUGUCGCCAUCGUUCUCUGCUUGGGUCUCGCCCUUUACGGAUACAACAUCAUGAGAGUCAUGGGCAACAAGAUCACAUACCAUUCUCCAUCCCGAGGCUGCUCCAUGGAAAUGGGUGCCGCUAUCACCGUCCUUCUCUUCUCUCAAUACUCUCUCCCAGUCUCCACCUCCAUGUGUAUCACUGGCGCCACCGUUGGUGUCGGUCUUUGCAAUGGUACCCUCAAGGCUGUUAACUUCCAGCGAGUCUCCCUCCUUGUGAUCUCCUGGAUUGCUACCAUUCCAGUUGCUGGUACCCUUGCUGGUGUUAUCAUGGGAAUUGUUCUUAACGCUCCUCACUUCGCCACUUAA